ACAAACCCAAUCUCCAUUUUCUUGGCCUUCAAAACUUCCCCACAAUCCCAUCCUCCCCUACCAUAUUGGCAAUAUGGCAAAUGUUGUGUCAUUUUGGGUAAUUCUUCUGCCAGCCUUGGCACCCUUCUYUGUGGGUGCAGAAUGGAACAUUUUGAGGCAAAAAAGCAGCAAUUUUGAUGUGGGUGACACCUUGAAAAUGUACUGUGAGAGUUGGAGAGUGAAUGUGGAGCUAGACAAUGUUAGAGGAUUUGAAGUUGUGCCUCAAGAAUGCAUCUCCCACAUCAAGAAGUACAUGACUUCUCCCCAAUACACUGCUGACUCUGAGAGGGCAAUUGAGGAGAUCAAGCUCUAUCUUAGCAGUUGUUGCACCCUUGAAGGCGAUGGCACUGAUGCUUGGAUCUUUGAUKUUGAUGAUACCCUUUUGUCCACCAUUCCAUUCUUCAAGAAGCACGCUUUCGGGGGAGAAAAGUUGAAUGCAACAGCGAUGGAGGAAUGGAUGAAAAGCAGCAAGGCACCAGCUCUUGAGCAUUCAUUGAAGCUCUUCAAUCUCAUCAGAGACAAAGGGGUUAAAAUUUUUUUGAUCUCUUCAAGAAGGGAACACCUCAGAUCUCCAACUGUUGAUAAUCUGAUCCAAGUUGGAUACCAUGGAUGGUCUGCUCUCACAUUGAGGGGACUUGAAGAUGAAAGAAAGGAAGUGCAGAAGUUCAAGAUAGAAGCAAGGCAAAGGCUUGUUGAUGAAGGCUAUCACAUUUGGGGCAUUGUUGGUGACCAAUGGAGCAGUUUUGAGGGUCUUCCCACUGCUAAUAGAAGAUUCAAGCUCCCCAAUUCCAUGUACUAUGUGCCUUAACUUCUCUCUCUAUAUUUUAAUAAAAUAUGUAUCAACUUUUAUUUUGUGUGAGAGGUGAAAUGGACUUGGUAUUACUUAAUUAUAAAUAUUAUAAGUAUUAAUUGUCA